GAAGCCACAGCUGUCGUCCGGUCGAGUGAGCUCCGUAUCUCCCAAGCGCCGCCAUAGUUAAUGCGCGUCACUUCUGUUGAGAGACGGAGAAAUAUUGCCGAUCAUCAUGGAAAUGAAAGAAGAAAACGACUAUUCGGCCGAAAAUCGCGACAGGUCUCGUUCUCCUGUUGAUGAAGACAGUCGUGAUAGGGACCGUGACCGUGAUGGAGACAGCAAUGAACGUGAAAGGGACCGUAAUCGCCGUAUGGAUCGCAGCAGACGGACAGAUAGACAAAGGGGUGGAGGAAGGCGUGCUCCAGUGGAGAGACGCAUCUAUGUUUCCAACAUUCCUUAUGAAUACAAGUGGCAGGACUUGAAGGAUCUCUUCCGCAAAGAAGUUGGUGAAGUUUCAUAUGUGGAAAUGUUCAAUGAUGAAAACAACCGCCCCCGAGGUUGUGCUGUCAUUGAGUUUGAGUCAACAGAGUUAGUACAAAAGGCCGUGGAGAUAAUGCACAGAUAUGAGUUGAAAGGACGUAAACUGGUUGUAAAGGAGAAAGCAGAUGAACUACCCCUGGCCCAUUUAGCUCAAAUUCGGCUUGGAAACAGAAUGGACUUUGAUUCUGACCGUGACCGACACAGAGGAGGCAUAAUGAAAUCUGACAUGCGAGGAGGUCGUGAAUUUGCUCGUGGGGCAGAUAUUGGACCUCAGGGCAUGGCAAACAAAUUUGGGAAUACAUAUGGCUUGUCUACAGUAUUUCUUGAAUCUCUUGGCAUCACAGGACCUCUUGUUAACAAAGUUUUCGUUGCUAACCUUGAUUACAAAGUUGAUGAAAAAAUGUUGAAAGAUGUUUUUAAAAUAGCUGGAAAGGUUGUGUCUGUUGAGAUUAGCAAGGACCAAGAUAACAAGAGUCGUGGAUUUGGUGUUGUGGAAUUUGAGCAUCCAGUGGAGGCUGUACAAAGCAUUUCUAUGUUGCACAACCAGACAUAUUAUGACCGCAAGAUGAGUGUGCGCAUGGACCGUGUCUCUGAAAAGCAGGAAUCAACAGCAACGAAACUUCCUCCUGGCCUUAAGGGUCUGGGCAUGGGUUUGGGCAUUAAUGGGUCAGCCCUUACGGAUGUUGCCAAUAAUGUACCCUCCAUUAACCCAAGUAUCACAGGAGCUUUACCAAAUGCUGUUGCCCCAGGGGUGACAGGCAUGGCCAAUGUGGGUGCCAUGGCAUCAAACAUGGGGAACAUGACAACAUGAACAGUGGAAUGGGAGGGAACAUGGGUGGUGGUGGAAUGGGUGGAAAUAUGGGGGGAGGCAGCAUGGGAGGUAACAUGGGAGGUGGUGGCAUGGGUGGUGGAAUGGGAAAUGGGAUGAUGGGCAGCAUGGGGAUGGGAACUGGCAUGGGAAACAUGGGCUCAGGCAUGAACUCCUCAAACAUGGGCUCAGGCCUGGGGGGUGGUCUCGGGAGUAGCCUGGGUGGUGGGAGCGGGUUCAUGAACUCCAACAUGAACCGAGGAGCCAUUGGGGCCAGCUCAGUGGGGAGUGGCUCAGGCAGUGGGUACGGUUCCUAUGGAUCAACUGGACUGUCCCGCGACUAUAACCAUUCGAAUGUCAUUCAGCUGAGCAAUUUACCCAUGGAUUACACAUGGCAAGCUCUGCGAGAUCUUUGCCGUGAGUUUGGAGACAUCAGGUUUGCUGAGAUCAGAUCGAAGGGCACUGGAACUGUACGCUUCCAGACAGAGGCAGAUGCUCGUAGAGCAGUUGAAAUGCUUGAUCGCCAACGUCUGGAUGGAAGAAUCCUGGAUGUUUGCCAGCUUUAAUGCUAGUCAGAGGGGAGAUCACCGGGACUGUGUUGGGAAAGGGUCGCGACUCCACUUGGGAGUUGCAUCACCUUGCCACACAUCGAAAGGGAUGAGAGGGGCGUGUUUUAUACGAAGAAAGACAACUGACAAGCUGCAACCCAAGGUAAUGGCUGCUUACUUGGGGGCUAGUGUCAUCUCAGACCAGUAGCCCAUCUGUUUCUGGAGUUGACGUUCGUGAAGGAUUGGCUGUCGUGGAGGAUUGAAUUAUGCCUAGCUCGGACUAUUCACAAGCUUUUGGUUUGGAAGAAUGAAUUGAUGCUGUGAAGGAUUGAUGGAGUUGAUGACAAGGAUGUUUAUGGAAUUCUAACCAAGUGGGAGUUUUGUAUUUCCCCCAACAAGUGGCAAUAUGCAUAUUUUUUCCUUUUCCUUUUUUUUUUUUUUCCCCUUUUUCAUAUCUUCUUUUUUAC